GGCAGCGGAGUCGGUACAACGUGGACUAGAGUCGCGCCGGUGCUCCAUCGAGAACGAGCACCGCACGAGCGCUGCGGUCGUCGGACACGAGCGAAAUCGGGAGAACGAAAAAAAGAAGAAGCCGGGGUGCGGGGGGGGAGGGACAGUCUCGAGGACAAGGUCCUCGCCCCGCGCAGCUGAGACCGGCUUGCGACGCGUGCCGUCAGUCCCGAGCUCCCAUUCGCUCCCUGGGCACACGAGCGCCGGUUGGGCAUGCCAGGAGGAGACGGACCGCGGGGGUAGCCUACGAGCCACUGGAGAGGGCCACAUAAGAGGAGGAGAAGGAGCGGGCCGCGGGAAAGAUGGGAGAGACGGAGGAUGAGAAGAGCUCCCAGGCUGGGCAGCUCUUCGAGAACUUCGUACAGGCCUCGACCUGCAAGGGAACUCUGCAGGCCUUCAACAUCCUAUGCCGGCAGCUGGAGCUUGACCCCUCAGACCACAGGAACUUCUACAGCCGGCUGAAGGCCAAGGUCACUUCCUGGAAGGCCAAGGGCCUGUGGAGCAAACUGGACAAGAGAGCCGUCCACAAGGAGUAUAAGAAGGGAAAAGCCUGCAUCGGCACCAAGUGCCUCAUCAUCGGAGGUGGCCCCUGUGGCCUGCGAACGGCUAUCGAGCUGGCCCUGCUGGGCGCCAAGGCGGUGGUGAUCGAGAAGAGGGACACCUUCUCCAGGAACAACGUGCUCCACCUCUGGCCCUACACCAUUCAUGACCUGCGUGGCCUCGGUGCCAAGAAGUUCUACGGCAAAUUCUGCGCAGGAUCUAUCGACCACAUCAGUAUUCGCCAGCUCCAGCUUAUGCUGCUGAAGAUUGCCCUGAUCGUCGGCGUAGAGAUCCACGUCAACGUGGAAUUCAUCAAACUCCUGGAGCCACCAGAGGACCAGGAGAAUGAAGGGCCAGGGUGGAGGGCAGAGGUUCGACCCGCCGAUCACCCGGUCGCCGACUUCGACUUCGAAGUGAUUGUGGGAGCUGAUGGGCGGAGGAACACCCUGGAAGGUUUCAGGAGAAAAGAAUUUCGCGGGAAGCUGGCCAUCGCCAUCACGGCCAACUUCAUCAACAGGAACACGACGGCCGAGGCCAAGGUGGAGGAGAUCAGCGGCGUGGCCUUCAUCUUCAACCAGAAGUUCUUCCUCGAGCUCAAGGAGGAGACGGGCGUCGACCUGGAGAACAUCGUCUACUACAAGGACAACACUCACUACUUCGUGAUGACGGCCAAAAAGCAGAGCCUCCUGGACAAGGGAGUCAUCGUUAAUGACUACAUCGACACGGAGAUGCUCCUGAGCGGCGAGAACGUGAACCAGGAGGCCCUGCUGUCGUACGCUCGCGAGGCCGCCGACUUCGGCACCAACUACCAGCUGCCCUCGCUGGACUACGCAAUGAACCAUUACGGGCAGCCGGAUGUCGCCAUGUUCGAUUUCACCUGCAUGUACGCGUCGGAGAACGCGGCGCUCGUGCGAGAGCGGUUCGGCCACCGCCUGCUGGUGGCGCUGGUGGGCGACAGCCUGCUGGAGCCUUUCUGGCCCAUGGGGACGGGAUGCGCACGAGGCUUCCUGGCUGCCUUUGACACGGCGUGGAUGGUGAAGGCCUGGGCGCAAGGCAGGGCUCCCCUGGAGAUCCUGGCAGAGAGGGAGAGCCUAUACAGGCUGCUGCCUCAGACGACCCCGGAAAACAUCACCAAGAACUUUGAGCAGUACACCAUUGAUCCAGGAACGCGGUAUCCCAACCUGAACUCCAGUUGCGUGCGGCCGCACCAGGUGCGCCACCUGUACAUCACCGGCGAGCUGCAGCCGUGCACGCUGGAGCGCAGCGCGUCCGUGAGCCGACCGGUUAAUCUGGCCCGACGGGAGUCGGAGGUGCGGCCAAGCCGGCUGCUGACCUGGUGUCAGAAGCACACAGAAGGCUACCGGAACGUCGACGUGUGUGACCUCACCUCCUCCUGGAAGAGCGGCCUGGCGUUGUGCGCCCUCAUACACAGUUUCAGGGCUGACCUCAUUGACUUUGACUCGCUCAUUGAGGAAGACUGUGCCAAGAAUAACCAGCUGGCCUUCAACAUUGCUGAGCGCGAGUUCGGCAUCUCUCCCAUUACCACUGGCACGGAGAUGGCGGCCAACCAGGGCCCAGACAAGCUCAGCAUGGUCAUGUACUUGUCCAAGUUCUACGAGAUGUUCCGGGGUGCUCCGCUACCGGCGGCAGACUCCAGAAGAGAAACUAAUGAAAACAGAGAAGAUUAUUCCGGAAAGCCAGCAAAUUCCAUUUACAAUUUGAAGAAUCUCUCACUGCCAAGGAAACGGAUACCAAAGGGCGACCACAAAUCUGAGGACAACGAUUCGAGCAAAAGACGCCGCAAGUUCUCCAACUACUUGGAAGAGGCGACCAACUUGUCCAGUCAAAACGCCAACUCCGCCCCCGAAAGCGGGGAGCUGCUGAAGGAGAACAAAGUGAAGUUCAUGGCCACCCAACUGUUAGCCAAAUUCGAGGAAAACGCUGCGAGUUGCUCCCUCCGCAGGCAGGCCGAGUGCGACUCGGCCCCCGCUGGGCCCCCGUUGUCUCCCCGGCCCCCGCGGCCCUUGCGGCCGCCGUCUCUCGACAUGAGGGAGAACCCGCGCUUUGCCAGGCCCAAGGACCAAGCCCCUCCCUCUCCUCCUCUGAAAAGGCAGUCAGUCGCCCGUGUGAAAUGUGCACCGGAAUGUGCCGGGCCGCCCUCACCCCUUCCCAGCCUCCGCCACAUUCCCAGGAAGCCCAGACAGGCCGAUCAAUCAGACGGGGGCCCGCAGGCCGGGAGCGCGCCUUGCGCAGAUUACCCAGACUCCCUGGCCUCGUACCGCUCCACGGUCCUGGCCGUGUCCGGCAUGCUCCAGCGCCUCCAACGGCUGGAAGAUCAAAUCAGCCAGAAGAAAGCUCAGACCCAGAAUGCUAGAGAGUUUCACAAAAAGAGCAUAAAGGAGAAGGCGGUCCACCUAUCCUCUCUUUUUUCUGGCUGCCCAGCCGCUCCGAGCCAGCGCACCGUGGGGAAGGUGUCCCUGGUCAUAGGUGCGAUGGCAGAGACCUUAGUCGCCCUGUAUGAGAACGACCACAGGCCCCGAGCCGUAUGUCCAUCUGCAUCGUCGGGUUCGUUGCGGAGGGAGUUCCCGUCGAGCCUGGGUGGCAGCGACACGUGCCACUUCUGCAGGAGACGCGUGUACGUGAUGGAACGCCUGAGCGCCGAGGGAUUGUUCUUUCACCGCGAGUGCCUCCGCUGUGCCACCUGUAGCUGCACGUUGCGCCUCGGGAGUCACGCCUUCGACUGCGCGCAGGGCAAGUUUUACUGCAAGGUUCACUUUGCUCAGCAGAAAGCUCUCACCAAGCAGAGGAGGUGGACGGUGGAGAUACGUAAGGAGGACCUGGAGGCGAGGACCCCGGAGGAUUCCGGGACAACGUCUCCCGACGGGAGCGUGCCGCACUCGGCCGCCGGCAGCCCAGACAGCCAGCCUCCAGGUUGGUACUGUCAGCUUAUGCAGGGUGGGCCGGAGGCAUGUAGGGACACUCAUGAGACAUGCGGGCUGGGGUCCAUCCCAGCCGCAGAGGGCGUGGGGAUACAGGCCACAGAGGGCAUCGCUCCGCUCCGCACGCACAGCUGCUCCAGCUCCGAGGGCCUCAACGGGACCGAUGACACGCAUUCCUCGCCCCCGGGGAUCGCACGCGGACCGGCGGGGGCUGAGAAAGGCGAGUCGGCGGAACCCAGCGGACUCCCUGUGACCGCGGUGGCCUCGUGCGACCAGGGCGCCGCCCCCGGGGGACACAGGACACGGGUCGUGGGGGUCGUGGAGCCUGAGAAGACCUCGGCAGACGGCGGCGGGACCCCCGUCGGGUCGCCCAGCCUCGUGUCCCGGGGGGUCCCUUGCAAAGAGUCGGGCUCCGGGGGGCCCCUGGGUGCGGAAACGCUCUCGGCAGCGAAGAGGACGCUGACCCUGUCGCUGAGCGAGCGGGAGAAGCUGCUGGACUGGGACGCAGGCGCUCCCGAGAGACCCGAUGCACUGGGCGAGGGGACGGCACCAGAGGUCGGUGCUCUCGAUCCCGGGUCCACCCCGAGCCAGCUGCAGCCCCAGCCUCAGCCCGAGUCUCCUCAGUCUCCCCUCCAGUGGGUGGCCAGCGCCUUGCGGCGGUCCUUUGGGAGCUCUGCCGCGGGACUCAGCGUCGACGAGGGCCAGAGGAACAGGCCUCCCUCCCAGGGCUCCUUCAGGUGGUCUUCCCUGUUCUGGGGACGAACCCAAACCCCGCGGGAGGAGCAUCCGGAGGAAGCAGGGCGGGCGGUUCAGCCGCCCCCCGCGGGAAGGAUAACGCCGACGGCCGAGCGCCGAGAUCCUCGCGUCUCCGACCUGCCAGGCCUGCUGGAGAGCGUCUCCCUGAGCCCGGGGUCGAGGAAGGUCUCCAGAGACGACAUGGUCAUCCCUCCACCACGGAGCCUGAACUUCUUCUCGUCCCUGAGGCUGAAGAGAAGCGGCGAGAUAGAGAGGAGGGCGAGCGACAGCCAGGAGAAGGACAUCUGGUCCAUCGUCGCGCAGCUCAGAAACAGAGUCUCCAGCCGGGAGCGGCAGGAGACCAGUUCCUCCAGCUGCUCCAGCGAAGACGACGAGAGGCCCGUUGCCAAGCAGAAGGAGGGCCUGUCUCUGAAAGAGGGGCGACAGGAGAGGACAGAGGGGAGGCAGGUCCGGCAGGAGCAGCUGAAGAGACUCCACAGAGCCCAGGUGAUCCAGAGACAGCUGGAAGAGGUGGAGGAGAAGCAGAAAACGCUGGAGGAGAAGGGGGUCACCCUGGAGAAAAUGCUGAGGGGGGAGACAGCCGGAGGAUCCGGGGACACGUCCCAUCUGCUGCAGACCUGGUACCACCUGGUCCUGGAGAAGAACGGGCUGGUGGAAUACGAGUCCGAACUCACGAUCUUCGCUCAGGAGCUGGAGCUGGAGGACAACCAGAGUGAGCUGCAGCAGAAGCUCCGGCGCAGAAUGGCCAUCGACGACUCCAGGAAGAGCCCCCAGGAGCUGGCCGAGGAGCAGGAGAUGUUUGCUGAAAUGAUGCGGCUGGUGGAACAGAGGGACACGCUGGUGGCGAAGCUGGACGGCAAGAGGCUCGGCGAGAGCGGAGCGGGUCGGAACCUGGAGACCCUGGUGCACCGGUUCCACUGGACCUGAGGCCCUGGGUCCCGUGCUAGUGCUGGCUGCGGGAUAAAGGGCCCCCGUUUGAACAUCAGCCCAGUAUUCAUGUUCCCGUCACAUAGGAAGGCAGCGUUUGAAAGGAUGCGGGAGCUCUCCUGGUGGUCUCUCUCUGCUCGUCAUUUCUGCGGUCCAGCAGCUCUUACCGCUGUCCUGGAAGUGCAGCAUCUGUAACAGCCUCCCUGUUAGCAGAUGGACCAGCGUUUAUCGGCGCAGGGAGGUUCCGCACGAACUUGCAGGCGUCCCCAGAAUAACUGCUUUAUUGUUUAAAAGGCAGCCAUGAGACGCCACGUGAACCUCGGGCAAUUCCUACACAGAGUCCCGCUAUGAAUAAUUCAAGCGGAGAAUAGAGCCAGGAGGUAUUCGGACAGCCGGCUCGCGAGCCAUCCCUCAACUCGGUUAACGUCCCCAAAGCAAAGAUUACACGGCGUCUCUUUGGAUUCCAGCUGCUCUCUCUUCUUCAUUUUCACUGCAGCCUCACUAUAAGAACCCUUUUUGUCUCUUGUAAGGACUGCAUCCUGCAGUAAUAUGUUAGAAGCUUUCAGUGUGAGCUUCGUUGUAAAAUCCCGUCCUGCCGCAGCGUCCACCUGGACGUGCGGUCAACAGCCACCCUAGACAGCCAUUCAGAAGUGGGACAUAUGGUUUAGAGAGACACCACCUGCGGUGCCCUUAUUGUGUUAUGUUUAUUUAUAGAAUGGACAGGACUGAAAACAGGUCUCACCACAUGCAGCUGCUCAGCUGGUCAUAACAUACAUGAAAGUACCAUAAGUUUA